CCCGUCCGCCCACCGCGCGCUCACACACACACACACACACACACACACACACACACACAUCUCAACUCAAGUCUCACGCGCUUCUGCCUCUCCUAAGCGGUGGAUAAUGUACACAUUAAAAUAGGUUAAUGUUUUUAAUCUGCGGCCAUGUACAGACGGUCAUUUCUAGCUCAUGUCGUGUUGCUGUUUGUUGUGUUUAAAUGGUCGGUGUGCGUAAAGAUCGUCCGUCGGGAUGUUCUCAGAGUCAGAGAGGAAUGGCGUGGCGCUGAUCGGCACCUGCCUCAGCUCAGUCUCCACACCGCUCUCCUCCAGCAGGACGUGUGUGUCCGCCUGCGGCUGUUUGUCCGUCCUCUGAUGGGAAAUGAAACCCUGACGAUUGACUUCAGUGACUCUGAAACCGGAGACUCCUACACGCUGCUCCUACUCGUGUGGAAACGGAGCAGUGUUCUCUGGUGUAUCAACAGCAGCAGCGAUGAUCUGCUGUUUCAGCCUCACAAAGCAAGAAUUCAGACGCGUGAAAUGAACAUGACGUCCCAUCAGGCCUUUUGGAUCCUGCGGUACGACUGUUUCCCGGCGCGGUCCGGCUCCACCGUCACAGCGCAUGUUUACAGAGACAGUGACCUGCUGAUCAGUGGAUCUCACAUGGUCCAGCUCACAGGCGUUGAGGAUCCAGUGCCUGAAGCCACAGUCAGCGUGGACGAGCGCAAUAAACGCUUCACUGUACGCAUGAACACGGAUCAGAUGGUGAAGAUCAGCCUGUGCUACAAACAUUCAUUCCCAGAGUGUGUUCAGCGGAGAUAUUUUGGAAAGAUUAACACGACUGCCAAUCAAACCGUUGAUCUGAGCUUCCCGUACCUGAUUCCUUGUGUCUGUGUGCAGUUGUGGUUUACAGGCAUUGAUGUAAGAAGAAACACACAGUGUCCCUUAAAGAAGAGAAUACUGCCACAUGGCGGUGAUAUCUUGUCCUCCAGCUCAGCGAGAGUUCUCGGCUCUGUUCUGCAGUGGGAGCCUCUCUGUCCUGAUGACCAAUCAGAUCCCUCUGUCUCUCUGUGCUGGCGAAUCCAUACGCAGAACUCUUACUGUGUCCCCGCCCCCAACGCCACCCUCCAUGAGGCAAAACGGCAGGAGUAUAAUGUGUCUGCUGUAGAUAAACACCCUCAGAUGUGUGUGAAGUUUUCUUUAAAUGGCAGUCAUCGAGUCUUCUGUCCCUUCGAGUCAGAGGGCCGGUCCGGGUGGAGCGUGACGGUCGUCCCUGGAUCUCUGCAUCUGCACCUGCACCUGACGUCUAAUGUCGCCGCGUCGUUUGCUGCUCAGCUGUGCGACAGACAUAAAGAGACGUGUGCACCUCGAGGACACGUCAUCUCAAGUCAGCUGGAAGGGGGCGCCACAGAGGCGGAGCUGAGCCUGCCCUUCCCCUUCCUCUCAUCAGGACUGUGUGUGCAGGUGUGGCGCUUGGAUCUCCAUGGAAGACGAAUCAUUUGCCCUGACUUCACGCACAGGCGAUGGGGGCUCAUCAUCGGCGCUGCACUGACUCUUCUGGCUGCAGUGACGCUUCUGGUCUGCUUCACACGCUGGCUGUUCAAAAGAAGAAAAUUAGUGUGGUGGAGCGCUGAAAGACGUCCCGUGCUGCUCGUGUGCUCGUCUAAUGAUACGGCGCACAUCACUGCCGUGUGCAGUUUGGCCUCUGGCCUGCAGGGGGAGCUCUGCAUGGACGUGAGGCUGGCGCAGUGGAUGCAGUGCCACCCUCAGUCCUCUCUGGCUCAGCUGGGACCCGUGCCGUGGCUGUACGGUCAGUGUCAGGCCGUGCAGAAGGCCGGCGGUCUCGUCCUGAUCGCCUGGAGCCCUGACGCCCAUCGGGCUUAUCUGAGAUGGAGGAAGAGCGAAAGAAAGGCCGAGCUCUGUAAGACAGGGCUGUACAGUGCUGUUGAAGAAGAAGAAGAGGAGCAGAUGUGCUGGGAUGAAGAAUGCAUGGAGAAACCAAUGGAGUCGUCUUCGAUCACAGCUCCCGUGUUCAACGCGGCGCUCUCCUGUCUGUGGACGGGAAUACGCGGUGAUUGCCACGGCCGGGGAUUCGGCCUGGUUUGCUUCCCGAGUCUUAACAACAACAUCACCUGCAUCCCGAAACGACUCCGGUGCGUCCGAAAGUACUGUCUCCCGAAGGACCUGCCCUCUUUAAUAAACGACCUGACCGGCUCGCAGGACGGAACUGGAAAAACCAGAGGGCGAUGUUGGCCCCGUCUCCUGUCCAAAGCGCUGUCGCUGCGUGUGUCGCGUCAGCUCGCGCCCAGACUAGAGGCGAAACUUCCCGUGCCGACGGACGGCCCUAAAUUCAUUCCCAGCUUCUCACAGAAAUUAUUAAUGAGCCGGACAAAGCGAAAGACGUGUGGGCAAAAGAAGCGGCGAAGUAAAGCUGUAUCGUCGUGCUCGUCCAGAAAGGGCUGUUCGAAGAAAAAGACUGUGCCAGAGCUACAGACGCCACUGGAUUUGUAGCCGCAUGCUGAUCAGAUGAGGCUCUUUCACUGCUCGUGUUGCAGUCCUGUUGUUUGCAUGCAGCGGUGCACAGAAGGAAACUGAAGUCGGACUGAUCGAAGCAGAGCGAUUCACAGACAGAGUUCAGUGCAACAUUACAGUCCGUCCAGCAGGGGGAAGAGACAUUAAACUACGGCCCUGAUAUUCUCACAGCACAGUUAUGCUUGCUUCUUCCUUUGCUUCUGAUCAUACUGAUGUAGAUGUUUGCAGCAGCUCUGCAAUUCAGCUCUCCAGUCACGUUAUGUCUAUUUCUACAGCACUUUAUACAGUAGAUUGCUUUAAAGCAGCAGCUUUACAGUAUUAAACAUGAACAACAGUG